GAGAGAGAGAGAGAGAGUUGUUUGACAGGUAGGAUUGACAGGCUGGACACUCGGUCGGGUCGCAUUCCUUUCCAGCCAACAGCAGGCAGGCAGCGAAAAUCAUUUGGGAAAGUGAAUCAUCCAUCCAUGGAUCGCCGCCGCCAUCACCACGCCGGAGAAUUCGUGACGGACGUGGUGCUGUGGCGGCGAGGCCGGGCGGACCUGAGCGCGCUGCUCCUGGCGGCCGCCGUCUCCUCCUGGAUCCUCUUCCAAUACAAUUCCAAUUCCAAUUACACGGCCGUCUCGCUGGCCGCCGACGUGCUCCUCCUGCUGCUGUCGGUGCUGUACGCCUGGUCCAGGGCCGCGCGCCUCCUCGGCCGCCCCGCCCCGCCCAUCCCCGACCUGCAGCCGGCGGCCGACGAGCUCGCCGCGCUGGUCCGCUCCGGCCUCGCCGGCCUGGCCUCCGCCUUCCGCCGCGUCGCGCAGGGCCAGCCGGGGUCCGGCCGCGUCUUGGCCUGCCUCGCCGCCGCCGCGCUGCUCGGCCGCAUCGCGCGCGACCUGCCCACGCUCUGCUACGCAGUUGUGGUGGGCGGUCUGACGAUCCCGGCGGUGUACGAGAGGUUGAGCAUGGAGAGAUACGCGAGGAUGGCGUCCCUCAACCUCUACAGAUACGAGCUCUUGUACCAGAGCGUCUCCCUCACCUGCUACCUCAGCGCCAGGGACUACCUCAUCCAACUGCUCAAGGAACAGGACCCAUAACCUAAUCCAUUCUUUUCUUUUCUUUUCAUUCAUGGAUGACAAGAGACAUUUUUUGAAUUGUUUUUGGCUUGCUUGCUCUCAGAGUUUUUAGUGUGCUUGAUUUGGGUUGCCUACAUACUCUCUUGGUGUUCCCUUCAAAUCUACACCUACUCUACUUAGAUAUAGAUAUACAUAGAUGCAUGGAUGGAUUGGUUGAGUUGCAGUUUGCCACUCUGCUCUGCUCUGCUCUUGAUAGAAAUAGGGAGCUUUGGUUGAUGGCUGCCAUAAUUGUUUUUGUU